AGAGAAACCGCCCAUACCACGAAACCACCAAUUGCCCCCGCAAACCACGCAAACAUACAUCUACAGACUUCAAAAUGGCAGGCUGGGUUAUGCGCGAGAACCGCGUGCCUCACUGGCAGCGCGAACACCAAAAGCACGACGGACUGAGGACCUGGGAGAAGGGUCGUGGCAAGUGGAUGGUCCCCGGUUACAAGGUCCUCCUGUACACCAGCUUCGGUGCUAGCAUGUACAUGAUGGGCCGUCUUGUUCUCGGACACAAGACCUGGGUUGGCAAGAACUAGAGUGUACAAUUCGAGCAU